AUGAUCACACCCCUGGGGCUGGAGGACCAGCUGCUGAGUUUGGUGGCUGCCAAAGAAAAGCCAGACCUGGAAAACAAGAAGAAUAAGUUAAUUCUAGAAAGUGCACAAAACAAACGACAGCUCAAGGAUAUUGAGGAUAAAAUUCUGGAAGUCCUUUCUUCAUCAGAGGGCAACAUACUGGAAGAUGAAAGAGCGAUAGAGAUUCUCUCCUCCAGCAAAGUUCUGUCUAAAGAGAUUUCCAAGAAACAGAAGAUUGCUACAAGCACUGAGGAAGAGAUUGAUGUGACCCGAAAUGGAUACAAACCAGUUGCAAAACAUGGCAGCAUGUUGUUCUUCACAAUUUCUGAUUUAGCCAGCAUAGAUCCUAUGUACCAAUACUCUUUGGCUUGGUUUAUCAACCUUUACCUGCAGUCCAUUUCCCAUAGUGCUCUGGCAAAUGAACUUGAUCAGAGAAUUGAGAACUGA